AUGGCUGCAUACAUCAAAAAAAAAUUUUUGUUGGCUCUUAUGGUAUUGCUUCUUCUUGUUGUCUCAUCAUAUGCGAGAUUUAAUAUGAUGGUUGCAAAAGGAAAAAUCGAAUCCAUCUGUACAAAAGAUGUCAAUCAUUCACUUUGUUUUGAGAUUCUAAAGCCAACUCCUGAAAUUGAAAAACUAGAUUUUUCUGGUCUGGCCAAAUUUGUGAUCAAUUAUCAGUCUCGAUACACUUCAGAUACGUUGAACCAAGUAAAAAUGUUCGAAGGCAACACAACGGGUGCAGAUUUGCAGACACUUCAAUUAUGCGCGGAAUUGUACGAUGAUUCUCUUUUUCGUAACGAUCUUGCUCUCAAAGUUUUAGCAUCCAAGGACUACGACAGCUUAAACACUGAAGUCGGAUUUACAUUGGCCUACACGAAUACGUGUAAUGAUGAAUUGAUAACAAUGAAGCCAGUACCGCAAGUUUUAUUCAAGAAGAAUAGUGACAUUAGUGCUAUGUCCACUAUUAUUCUAGUGAUUCUCGAGUGUUUUAUAAGGGAAGUAAAAAUAAGAUGUUAG